CGUGGCGAAGCGAGCGCGCACUUGUCCGGCGGGCGCGCAACCAGCUACUCGCUUUUGUAUUGAAUUGACCUUAUUUACUCAAUCUGAUCUUGAAAGUGAGGUCGAUAAACUCUUACGAUACUACAACAGUCGUCAAUCAGUUUAUAUCGGAAGCCGGUACCACUUUGUGUUUAUGAACGACAAUAACAGCUGGGAAGAUGGUGGAAGUUAAGAUAACCGAGGACAUAAAAGUUGGUGGUAACAAUCCCUGUUUUAUAAUUGCGGAAGUUGGACAAAACCACCAAGGUGACAUUGAAAUAGCAAAAAAGUUGAUAAAAGCAGCAAAGGAAGCAGGCGCAAGCUGCGUAAAAUUUCAAAAAACAUGUCUGAAAGAAAAAUUCACGAAGAAAUAUCUUGAAAGGCCGUAUAAUAACCCUAAUUCUUGGGGCAAAACGUAUGGGGAACACAAACGUCAUUUAGAGUUCUCCGAGAGUCAAUACAGAGAACUAUUUAAAUAUGCCCAAGAGGUCGGCAUUUUAUUUACUGCUUCUGCCAUGGACAUGGUAUCCUUCGACUUCCUGGUCAACAUAAAAGUGCCAUUUAUCAAAAUUGGCUCAGGGGACUCGAAUAAUUUACUUUUCCUUAAGUAUGCAGCGUCAAAAAAAGUACCCCUUAUCAUAUCGACGGGAAUGGUGGAUAAACAGGCUGUGAGGACCAUUUACGACAUAAUAUCGGCGCAACACAAACAGUUCUGUUUACUGCAUUGCAUAUCAGCAUAUCCUGUACCGUACGAAGACUGCAAUUUGACUGUACUGCAAGACUAUAAAAAUACCUUUGAUAUUCCCGUGGGAUACUCUGGCCAAGAAAUAGGGACAGCUGUGGCACUUGGCGCUGUUGCUUUAGGCGCUAAGGUUUUGGAAAAGCAUAUAACACUAGAUAAGACUAUGAAAGGCACAGACCACGUGUGCUCGCUGACACCGCCCGAGUUUCAGCAGUUGGUACGAGAUGUACGUGUAAUUGAAGCCUCCCUCGGUACGCCCAUCAAAAAGGUUGUCACCUCAGAAAUACCAUGUAUUGACAAACUACAAAAGUCUCUCGUUAUGGGUAGCACGAAGAAUAAGGGCGAGAUAUUAUAUCCCGGGGACGUAAAAAUCAAGGUGGCCGAACCUAAAGGCUUGAACGCACUGCAUUUUGAAGAAGUUAUCUAUAAAACCCUUGUAUGUGAUAAGAAAGAAGACGAGCCAUUAAACAAGAGUGACUUCUGCUAAAGAGCCUCAUUUUAUACAACGUUAGAAAUGCGUUCGGGAUGAUCAUGUAUUUACAUACAACUAAUGUAGGCUAAAGUGAUAUGACAACGUACCAACACUAAGAGUAACUGAACACAUUCCUUCAUAUUUACUUAUGUGUAUCUUUACGCCAGAUCCCUCACAGUAUAAACAGAAGAAUUGAGGGCAAUCGAGCGAGAAUUUCUGAUGCCAAUAUAUUAAUCCACAUUAUUAAGGCUAUGAAUAUAAAAUAAAGUUAUGCACUCAAGACUGUUGGCAACUAAGUUCUUUAAGUGAAUAGUUAUUGAAAUCACGUAGAUUUUUUAUGUGAUUGUUAUAUGCAAACAGAUAUUUAUUUUUUUUUUCUUUAUUAAUAACAGCGUCUAUAUUCUUCCCCCUUAUUCAUAAAGACAUCAAACCUCUUAGAAACCUAUUUUUGCUUUUGAAGUGUUUCGUUGUACUUAUUUCUCAACUUGACAGAUCGUGACAAAAUAUUCUAAUAGUUAAAAUAGGUUUGUAGGGCGUUAUUGUUUUUAUGAACAAAGGAGUUAAUCUACAAGAUGAAACAAAAUCAUUAGCAUCCUUCUAAAAGAGUUUACAUUCUAACAGAGAAAUUAAACAUUUUCUCCUAAAGAAACAUAGAUCGAAAAAUAAAAGGAUAAUAGUUUUCCAUUUGAACGUUACUGUUGGAUGCGCCGUGUGUUUAUUGUAUUAGUGUGGGUGUUCAAAAUUUUUGGUUGUAUAUCGUCUCAUGUUUAUUAAAAAAAAUUAAUCUCACUAUUAGAAUAUUCAUUGACUUGUAGGCAGGGAUGUUAAUGUAUCGAGUUCACCCGUAUAAAUAAACAUAAUUAUGAACAAAAACUACUCACUAAAAUGAACUUUCAAAACCUUUAGAUAUAAGUUUAUUUUUUAUAUUCUUAAACUAUUUGUAACUAUAUAAUAAUUUGUGUAUUAUUAGGUAUUUUCUGUAUUUGGAAGAUUAACUGAUUAGUUACAUUAUAAGCACUGUUUAGAAUACAAACCAAAUACAGUGUCGUAAAGGACAAUGAAAAAGGAAUGAGCAUAAUUAUAUCGAAUUUAUUUUAUGUUAUAAAUAAGUAGUAUUUAAGUGUAAAUUUUAUACUCGAUAAAAUAUCACAAAUUUAAUGUAUAAAAAUUUUGAAUACUCAUAAAA